AUGACCCAAAUGAAAGCUGUUCGCAUCCUCAAGGCCGGCGACCAGCUUACCGCCGAGCUUCACGAUGAAUCGAUACCGACUCCAGGUCCCCGCGAGGUCCUGAUCAAGGUCCAUGCCGCCUCGCUAAACUACCGUGAUGCGGCCCUGUUGAGGGGCGAAUAUCCUAUUGCGACUAAGGAAAACGGUAUCCCUGUAUCAGACGGUGCUGGAGAGGUCAUUGCAAUUGGAAAAGACGUUGCACGGGUUACAAACGGCGAUCGCGUUGCAGUUAGCUGCUCUACAAACUGGAUUGGUGGUCCAUAUAUCCCGGAAUACCUUUCAGGCAGUGUCGGUUUCCGUGUCGACGGACUGUUGGCCGAAUAUGUUGUUUUCAACGAAGACGCACUGGUUCGCAUCCCUGACUACAUGUCCUAUAUCGAGGCUGCCAGCCUUCCCUGCGCUGCUGUCACUGCCUGGACAGCCCUCAACAAAAUAGAGCCCCUCCAGCCAGGCCAGACCGUGCUGAUCCAGGGCACUGGUGGUGUUUCACUUUUUGCAUUGCAAUUUGCAAAGAUCUUCGGCGCUCGUGUCCUCGCGAUCACCUCUUCGGACAAAAAGGCCGCUAAGCUCAAGGAGCUCGGAGCCGAUGCUGUUGUGAACUACAGCACUACUCCUGACUGGGACCGGGAAAUUAUUACCCUGACUGGUGGAAAGGGUGUCGACAAAGUGAUUGAUAUUGCCGGAGAGAAGACUAUUGUAAAGUCUGCAGCGUCAGCUAAGAUCACUGGUGUUAUCGUCCUGAUUGGAUUUGCAAGCGGCUUUGGUGGCGGCCUUGCGCCAAUCGACAUCCUCAUUCGAUCCCUUACAGUGACCGGAUCUAUUAUUGGUUCGAGGAUCGAGUUUGAAGCGAUGCUGCAGGCUAUGGAACGGCACCAAGUUAAGCCUGUCAUCGACCAGGUCUAUCCCUUGGCAGAAUACCGCAAGGCGUACAGCAGGCUUGAAGGUGGACAGCAAGUCGGCAAAGUGGUUAUCCAGAUUGCGGAAUAA